AUGGGCGCGGCGGGCGCGCCCCGGAAGUACGCAGAGCCGGGCCGGCUCGGAGCGCGGCUGCGGGAGCGGGAGCGGGACCCGCCCGCCAUGAGCGGCAGCGCCGAGCCCGACCCCGCGCCCGCGGCCCCCGCCGCCGACGGCAAGCCCAGCCCCGCCCCCGCGCCUGGCCCCGCCCCCGCGCCGGGCCUCGCCCCGCCCGCCGCCGCCGCCGGGGGGGCCGCCCCGGCCGGGGGGGGCGCGGGCGGCGCCAGGGGGCCCGUGCCCGGCCCCCCGGCGCCGGCGGAGGCGCUGCCCAACGGCGUGUACAUGCCGCCCGGCGCGGCCAACGGCGACGUGAAGCCCGUGGUGUCGACCGCGCCCCUCGUGGACUUCCUCAUGCAGCUGGAGGACUACACGCCCACCAUCCCGGACGCCGUCACGGGCUAUUACCUCAACCGAGCCGGCUUCGAGGCGUCCGACCCGCGCAUCAUCCGCCUGAUCUCGCUGGCCGCGCAGAAGUUCAUCUCGGACAUCGCCAACGACGCCCUGCAGCACUGCAAGAUGAAGGGCACGGCCUCGGGCAGCUCCCGCAACAAGAGCAAGGACAAGAAGUACACGCUGACCAUGGAGGACCUGACGCCGGCGCUCGCCGAGUACGGCAUCAACGUGAAGAAGCCGCACUACUUCACCUAGCGCCUGCGCGCGCCGCGGGCCCGGGCAGAGGGGCGGGACCCCGUCUGUCAUUAAACCGUGGACUUCGGGGUA